CCCAAUAACUGCUCUCAGGGGUGUGCUGUGGGAUUGGGGCACCCUGUGUGACAGACCAUCUGCCGAGAUACAAUCUCCUCUACUUGGCCACAUCAGUCAUUGACCCAGAGAACACAGGUCUUGUCUCCAGAAGAUGAGACCCGCAUGGCUGUGGCUGCUGGGAGCAGGAAUCCUGGCUUCUGCCCAUGGACAGCCCCCACAUGUCCAUAAACAUUUAGAAGUGGCCCUAGCCCCAAACACCCAGCAAUCAGAGACCACACCAGCCUACCACAAGAUCACCCCGACCAUCACUAGCCUGGCUCUACGUUUGUACCAGCAUCUGGUCUCAGGGCGGCCCGGAAAUGUCUUCUUCUCCCCUGUGAGCAUCUCCACCACCUUGGCCAUGAUGGCUCUAGGCUCACAAGCCAACAUCUCGACGCAGAUCCUGGAGAGCCUCGGCUUCAACCUCACAGAGACUCCCGAAGCAGACAUCCAUCGGGGCUUCCAGAGUCUCCUGCACACGCUGGCCCUGCCCAGCCCCAAACUAGAGCUCAAGGUGGGCAACGCCCUGUUCCUGGACAAGCAGCUGCCGCCGCCACAGCUCGCCGUGGACCGCAUCAGGGAGCUGUAUGGGGUGCUCACCCUAGCUGCCAACUUCACUGAUGCAGCUGCCACCCAGAGGCAGAUGAACCAGUAUGUGAGGAAGCAGACAUACGGGCAGGUAGGGGACUGGCUCCAGGAGCUCAGCCCAGACACCCCGCUGGUCCUGCUCAACUAUAUUUUCUUCAAAGCCAAGUGGAAGCAACCUUUCCAUCUCUACCAAACUCAGAAGCCAGGCAGAUUCUUGGUGAAUGGGAAGACUUCUACCCUCAUUCCCAUGAUGCACCAAAAGGUGAUGCAUCGGUUCUUCUACGACCAGGAUCUGGCUUGCAUGGUUCUCCAGAUAGAAUUUAGUGGCAAUGCACUUGCCCUGUUCAUCCUUCCUGAUCCUGGGAAGAUGUCAGAAGUGGAGGCAGCUCUGCAGCCUGAGACACUAAGAAAAUGGAACCAGUUCCUUAUGCCUAGCCUGCUGGAUUUGCACUUGCCACGGUUUGCCAUUUCUGGAGCAUAUAACCUGGAAGAGAUACUUCCACAUCUUGGUCUCAUCAACAUAUUCAACACAGAAGCUGACUUAUUGGGCAUCAUUGGACAGCUCAACAAAACCAUCUCUAGGGUGUCACACAAGGCGACCGUGGACAUGAGUGAGCGAGGAACUGAGGCAGGAGCUGCUUCAGGGCUCCUCUCCCAGCCACAGUCUCAGAACACAACGUGGGGGGGCCCUGCCCAUUUCAACAGACCUUUUCUGUUACUCCUCUGGGAGGUGACCACACAGAGCUUGCUCUUCCUGGGAAAGGUGGUGGAGCCAGCCACAGGGUGAUCCCUACCUGUGAACAGAUCACAGGGUUGUACCAACCUGUACAAGCAUUUUGAGUCUCCUGUACUGGAAGACCAGGAUUCUA